AUGUAUUCCUCAAUUUUCAGCCUCGUUGCAACACUCUUUGUUGUAUCCCUAGUCAGCGCUACAGCUAUAAGGACCGGUGUCGCACAUGAUUCCACCAUUACAUAUAACGCGAGGCUCUGCAAUGGGAGCCGGCCAUGCGCCUCGAUUGCUAAAGGGCUUCAGAGGACGCUAGGCACGUUUGACAUGGAUGGUAGCCAGGAUCGCGUUCUGCUAAGAUUUCAGCUUCCUGUCGACUCACGCACUAUUGUUAGCUGCACACUGAAUGUACCGGUUCCCAUCAGCGCGCCUGUUGGUCACUACACCCUGUCUAUCAGUGCAACAGACAACAACUGGGCAGAAGAUACGGUUAGCGGUAUCAGCAAGAGCAGGAAUGGGACAGAUGUUGGAUCGGUCGUCAUUUUUAAUAGCCAGCAGUUGCCGAGAUCAGUUCUGGUCACUUCAGCAUGCCAGCGGUUUGCCGAAAACAACACGCUUAGCAUGUUUGUUACGUCGGAUGGAAAGCAAGUAUCCUUUAACUCGCUAGAGUCGGGAAGUCCAGACAUAUUUUCACUCGAUGUUAGCUAUUGA